CCCGGGUCCUCUUCCCCACCCCCCUUCUCUCCUCAGCGGCCCCUUCUUUCGAAGAAACCACGCCCUAAAGGCGAAGGCCCCGCCGUUAUCAGCCGGCUCCUUCGCGCCUGCGCUUUGUCCCCUCGUUUGCGCCCCGAUUCCGGCCGUGCGCCCGACCAGGGUCCGCCGUGUGGCCGCGCCGCUCGCGUCCCGGUCUUCUUUUUCCCGGUCCGCGGCCCACCGCCUCCUGACGCCGCGUGACGUCACCACGCCGGGCAGCCGCCAUUACAGAGCCGAGCUCCCGGAGCUAGGGCGAGCGGAGGAGGCGCAGCGGCCGGCGGCCGGAGCAGUGAGGGGGAGCGUCCGCGGCCGGUAGUGAGCGACCGCCAGCCGCCUAGGAAGUGCCGUCCCCGGGAGCCGGCGGGCGGCGUGUGCGUGUGGCCCGUGUGCGGGCGGCGGCGCGGGAGCAGCGCAGAGCGGCAGCCGGUCGGGGCGGGCGGCAUCAUGGACGAGAAGGUGUUCACCAAGGAGCUGGACCAGUGGAUCGAGCAGCUGAACGAGUGCAAGCAGCUGUCCGAAUCCCAGGUCAAGAGCCUCUGCGAGAAGGCUAAAGAAAUUCUCACAAAGGAAUCCAACGUGCAAGAGGUUCGAUGUCCAGUCACUGUCUGUGGAGAUGUGCACGGACAAUUUCACGACCUAAUGGAACUGUUUAGAAUUGGUGGCAAAUCACCAGAUACAAAUUAUUUGUUUAUGGGAGAUUAUGUUGACAGAGGAUAUUAUUCUGUUGAAACAGUUACACUGCUUGUAGCUCUUAAGGUUCGUUACCGUGAACGCAUCACCAUUCUUCGAGGGAAUCAUGAGAGCAGACAGAUCACACAAGUCUAUGGUUUCUAUGAUGAAUGUUUACGAAAAUAUGGAAAUGCAAAUGUUUGGAAAUACUUCACAGAUCUUUUUGACUAUCUUCCUCUCACUGCCUUGGUGGAUGGGCAGAUCUUCUGUCUGCAUGGGGGCCUCUCACCAUCUAUAGAUACACUGGAUCACAUCAGAGCACUUGAUCGCUUACAGGAAGUUCCCCAUGAGGGUCCAAUGUGUGACUUGCUGUGGUCAGAUCCAGACGACCGUGGUGGCUGGGGUAUAUCUCCUCGAGGAGCUGGUUAUACCUUUGGGCAAGAUAUUUCUGAGACAUUUAACCAUGCCAAUGGCCUCACAUUGGUGUCUAGAGCUCAUCAGCUGGUGAUGGAGGGCUAUAACUGGUGCCAUGACCGGAACGUAGUAACAAUUUUCAGUGCUCCAAACUAUUGUUACCGCUGUGGUAACCAAGCUGCCAUCAUGGAACUUGAUGACACUCUCAAAUACUCUUUCUUGCAGUUUGACCCAGCACCUCGUAGAGGCGAGCCACAUGUUACUCGUCGCACCCCAGACUACUUCCUGUAAUGAAAUUUUAAACUUGUACAGUAUUGCCAUGAACCAUAUAUGACCUAAUGGAAACGGGAAGAGCAACAGUAACUCCAGAGUGUCAGAGAAAUAGUUAACAUUCAAAAAAAACUUGUUUUCACACGGACCAAAAGAUGUGCCAUAUAAAAAUGCAAAGCCUCUGUCAUCAACUGCCGUACCCACUUAGAGUGAACCCGCUCAUUGCAUGCUGAAGCGACAUUGUUGGUCAAGAAACCAGUUCCUGGCAUAGCGCUAUUUGUAGUUACUUUUGCUUUCUCUGAGAGACUGCAGAUAAUCAGAUGUAAACAUUAACACCUCGUGAAUACAAUAACUUCAUUUAGCUAUAGCUUUACUCAGCAUGACUGUAGAUAAGGAUAGCAGCAAACAAUCAUUGGAGCUUAAUGAACAUUUUUUAAAAAAAAUAAGUACCAAGGCCUCCCUCUACUUGUGAGUUUUGAAAUUGUUUUGUUUCUUUUCAGGGAUACCAUUUAAUUUAAUUGUCUGGUUUGUCUGCUCUCAGUUUAUUCUGUCUCAGCUCUCAGCCCUGUGUUCUUUGUUGUUGUCAGAAUCUGGUGAGUUGUUUUGGAUGGAACUGUCCCCUCCCCCACCCCUCCUGUAAGAUGAUGUUACUGCACAAGAGCACUGCAGUGUUUUUUCAUAAUAAACUUGUGAACUAAGAACUGAGAAAGCCAGAUUUUAAUUGUAUCAAUGGGCAAGACUGGUGCUGUUUAUUUGAAGAGAUAAUUGAUAAGUUUGUAAAAUUCUAGGUACAGAAAAGUGAAAGGCCACUGCAUUAUGUCUCUGGUAACUCCUUCAUAUUCUUAAGAUUAACUUGAGGCUUUUAUUUCUAUUCCAUAUAACACAACUUGUCUGAUGUGUUCUUUGUGGGUUGUUGCUGUAUGUUAACUAGUCUGUAAGAGAGGAAAUGUGCGCUGCCUUAGUAAGACACAUUCAUGAAACCAUAUAACUUGUUUCUGUUCUGAAAUAGAGCUUAACGAACGAAGGGUUUGUCUGCGCAGUGCAGUUUCUGGUUAUGAAUAUAUUGCUGUAUGUAUUACAUGAACUCAAAUGGUUGGCGGACUGGUACAUUUUAAAAAUAUUUGUACAUUAUUUGUUGACUCAUGUGAUCUUAGAGUUAAAUUUGUCUCAGAAAAGAAAGAAAGCUGUUAAAGUACUAA